AUGCCGUUCCUACCCACAGCACAAUCAUGGCUCACCGAAAGCACCCUCCUCCUCGAAGCGCGGCCCUCAACUACACGCAUAACAUCCAAAUACACCAUUUCCCCCCUGCCCUCCACCUCCCCCACAACCACAUCCAGCAAACCCAACAAGACCCGCAGACCCGCAGACCCCCUCGCGCCGCGCGCAACGCUCACGCUGAAAACGUUCGACCCCGUAAGCGGCACGACGCUCAAGUACGAGACGAACAAGGCGGCCGAGGUGUCCCGCUUGGUCCAGAUCCUGGGACGGUUGGCAAGGCCCAUGGCCGGGCUGGAGAUGAAGAGGGAGGAGGAGGAGGCUGUUAUCAAGGAGGAGGGGGAGGAGGUGAAGGAGGGUGGAGGAGGGGCGGUGGUUGUGGCGGCGGCGGCGAAGGGUGGUGCGCAGCAACAGCAACAGCAGCAGCAGCAGGGAGGUGGGAAGGGAAAGGGGAAGAAGAAGGGGAAGAGGUAG